AUCGUGACAUAUGGCACUGGCUGCUUAUGCGAAAUGGUGAUUUUGUGUGUCUGCAGCCAGAACGCAAAGACUAGCUCCCAAAACCGUCAGCUAGCUACGCGCGCUGAUUGGUGGAAAAAGUUUUGCCGUUUGAUACGGUACUAUAAGUUGUCGCCAGUUCAGCCGUAAUAUAAAUUACGAAUUGAUAUCUAGCUAGCUGCACGUCGCGCCUGGUUGCAAAGCGUUCAUCAUUCAACCAAAGUGAUUGAGGCACAAUUCGAGCAAUAUCUUAAAAAAGAUGGAGGAAUUACAAUUGGAGCUACAGCAGACAAAUAUCUGGGACCAACCAUCCCGUAGCACUAUCGACAACGUUAGCAGAUCAGAUCCCCAGACUCGUGAAUUGCCCGCAUUGACGCCGACAGACGUAGAGCAUGACCAUGAUGACCAUGAUGAUGAUGAUGAUGAUGACGGUGUUGAACGAUCGAGUACCACUCCCAAUGUCAAAAUAGAUGCAGCAAUAGCAGAAGAGUUGGAGGCCCAUUUCAACAACGGGUUGAACAAUGUUUCAACAACAAAAAAUAAACGUGAAGUGCUGAAGCUAUCAAAAAGAACAGGGGUGUCUGCUUCACAAAUAAAGAGGUGGAUCCAUAACAGAAAGAGAAAGGGGAAGCCAAGGAGCAAUGGAAGUGUUACUCAAUGCCCCAGAGCCUAUGAUGCUUAUUUGAGUACUGCAUUUAAAGGAUUGUCAGGGGAGGAGAAAGAAAAGGCCAUGAAGCAAGCACCUGUACAGUGGAAGAGACUGUCUAAGGACAAAGUUGUGAUGGCAAAAUACAAAAAACUAGCCGAACAGCAAGCCAAAGAAAAAAUGGAGAACUUGUCUGACAAGCAAAGAGCAAACAUCGCCAAGAAGCUAAUGGACAAGGCAAACAAAAUCAUCAAGGACUUUGAAGAACUCGGCUAUGCAUGUGCAAUUAUAGCCUCUGACGGUGAGAGGGUUCUGGAAGGAUACUCAUCGAAGAUACAAGCAACAACUCAAAAACAGAUGGGAACCCUCAUGCUAAAUGAAAUUUUCAGUGGGACAAAAGACGAAAAACAAGAAUGUCUUGACAGGGAUAGCCUCCGCACAAAGGUUACAAACAUGCUCAACAAGAAGUAUGUUGAAGGAAUUCCAGGAUGCAAGAGAAGGACAGUGCCAUAUACAAAGAUGGACACUUUUUCUGUAGAGGGGUUGCCACAUGGGGUCGAGUUGAAAAGAACUUGCCUGUACGAUAAGAAGACACUGGUGUCAUUGAUGAAUAAUAUGUCUUCAAUAAAAUUUUCUGCAAAACAAGUUGUAGAGGAAGCCACCAAGGAAAUUGAAAUGGAUGUAGUUCAAGGUCAGGCCACUCAAGAGGCCACAAAUGAAGCCACCCCUCUUUCACCAGAAGCAAUCCCCCUAGCAGACAUAGAUGAGAGUGACAGUGAUGAUGCCCCACUUGCUGAUCUCAAGUCCAUCACGCAACCAAACAGGCCAGAUAAUUUGCCAUGCACUACCAAUCCUCCAGAUAUCCCUGUUGUCACUCAUUCCGUUACCCAUGCCGUUAUCCCUGUCAAGUCUAGCAACGUUCGGCAAGAUACUCUGCAGCAAAAGCAAAAAUCAAAAAGAACAAAAAUGAAAAGAAAAGAAAAGAUGUACUACGUUGAAAAACUUCUGGAGAAAAAUGGCAACAGGUAUAAAGUGCAAUGGAGAGGGUUUCCUCUGUCAGCGGCAACGUGGGAACCUUGUGAGAACCUGCCCAAGGCGCUAGUGGACAGUUUUCAACCAAAGGAAAAUCCUUAAUAAUUACAUAAUUCUGUCGCUAAUUUGAUGCUGUUCUAUAAGAUUUGAUUGUUGUCAAUGAUUUCAUUUUUUCCAGCAAAAGAUAUACGAGUCUGGUUUUCUAUUUUUUUCUGAUACACCCAGUAUUUCCUGUACACAAAUUUAAAAAUAAAACAAUGAAAGAACUCUGCAUUAUUUGCAGUAAAGACAACUUUGUGUUCAUAAUCUCACUUUUUCUUUCAAAUGAUCGUUUACAUUUGGUCCUUUCAUUGCCAAUAUAUUGAUAACAUACAAAAUACUGGCAUCGGCCUUUCACUCCUUUUCCUCAAAAAUAGAUAAGCUUUUAAAAAAUCACUUCAGAAUUUGAAUAUGAAUUACAAAAAUCACAUACCUGGCAUAUUCAAAUUCAAAGUUAUUCCAUAUCUCAUUAGAAAAACAAAUUCAUAUGCAGAUAGAUAUAGCCUAGACAACAAUUAAACAUUAAAAUGAAACAUUUACAGUUUGAAAUCAUAAAGUGGUGGGAAUUGAAAGAGGCUAAAGGCCUAUCAGGCUUAUUCGCAAAGGUUAUUGCACUAUAUGUAUAUAAUAACCUAAUUAUAAUGUAAAACACACACACGCAAUUCAGAAAUAUUGUAGAAAAACAAAAAGACGACCAGACCCAUCCCAACAAAAAGGGAGGUGUAAAGGCAUAUAUUUCUUUAUGUUUUAAUCAAGGUUGGGCAUAUGUCAAUUUUGGGGGCAUUUUGUUCCAUAACUUUGUUCCGGCAUAAUUAUGGUUCUUAAAAAAUUACAAUAUAGCAUUUAUCAAUCGAAAAAAUUUGACCGGUUGCAAAUUUACAUAAAUUUUUAAUACAAACAAAACAAUUUUCUAUGAAAAUUGGAAGUAUGUUUUUUGAAGUAAUAAAAAAAAAAUUCAAUCUGUGGCUUAUCAAAAAUUGUUAAAGGUCAACUCCACCCCAGAAAAUCAAUACUUUGAAUGAAUAGAGAAAAAUGCAAACAAGGACAACGCUGAAAAUCUAAUCUAAAUCGGAUGUAAAAUAAGAAAGUUAUGACAUUUCAAAGAAUAUCAUAUUUUUGGCAGAGCAGUUAUAUGCAAAACCGAGUGAUAUUGUAAUGAAAUGAAAGGUUUGUUUAAUGUUCAGCAUGGUUUCGUAACAGUGAAGAGCGUAGAAUAAUUUUUAAUCCAUGUAUAUAGUUGCAUAGGGAAAUUUAGUAAUCGUUUGUAAUCAUUUAUGUAUUUUCUUUAAAAGUAUUUAAGCACUAUUUACUGAGAAAUAACAAUGUUUACAGCUGUAUGAUUAUUUUAGAUAUUUAUCUUUGAUUGUUCUUCACUGUUCCCGUAUGAAUAGUAGUGAUAAUUACCAUUGCUGUUGUUGAAAAAUAUUUAUUUUAUGAUCCUAACUGUUUUUAAAAGAUUAAAUUUUAUAGCCUGACAAUCUCCCUCCUCAAUCGUUGACCAUAAUCGAGCUUCAUGCUCGAUUAUGAGCCAAGCAAUAAGCUUGGCAGUAAGAGAUUUCUGAACGAAACUCUGUUUAAUUUUUAUUGGAACCUGCUGCGACAGGAUGAGCAUGAUUUUUUCAGUAAAGUUAUAAUAACUGAAUGCUUUGCUUCCUGCUUUGUUGUAUGGUGCUACAAGUAUACAUGGUCGGAAAAGCAGAAGUACUGACUAGAGAAGGAGUGAAAACACUGACUUUACUGAUAUACGGAAAAUACUGAAUUUGACGAUAUACUGAAAAUACUGAGAUUACUGAGGAUACUGAGAUGAGUGAGGAUACUGAAAUUACUGAGAUACCAAAAUACUGAAAUUACGGAGACACUGAAUACUGGAAUAACUGAGAUAAUGGAGAUACAGAAUGACGGAGAUGUUGAAAUCCAUGAGAUAUAAUCUAAGCUACCGAGAAGGAGCAAAGAGUCAGAAGUGAAAAAGACGGAAACUUGUGUCUGAAAGAUAUAUAUGACAUGGGUCCGAAAAUGCAGCCGAAACGAACCAGCUCAUCAGGAGAGAAAGUCGGUUCGGCUACAAUAUGCAAAUGAGAAAGCCAAUGAUUUCCCCUACUCACCAUUUUCUUUUGCUUUUCAUUUUUUGAAUUAUACAAUAUUUAAAUUUUUACUGAUGUUACAAUAAGAACCAACUUGACUGAACCAUAAAAUGUAAAACAAUGGUAAUUCGGCAUGUUCAGGGAGGAAUAAAACUUUGUUUCACAGGACACCGAGGAGGAAAUUAGAAUAAUUAGAAAAUACAAUACAAAAAAAAGUGAGUGAGUGAUGUCUUUGCACAAUCUCCCCAUACUAUAUUUCAAUAGUCAAUAUAUUAUGCAGUUUAAGAAGAAUAUUUAAAGGAACAAUUUUCCUUAUUCUAUUAAAAAAAACGGGUUAAAGAUAAUCACUGAACAGUGCUCGGCAAGAAGAUGUCCUUUCUCUAAUUUCCUUUACCUUGCCCCACAAGAUUAUUGACAGACCCAUGUCAUAUUUAUCUGUGAGACACAAGUUUCCAAUCCUGUCUAGGAGGAGCUGUUCUUGCUGGUCUUGCCACAUGAUCAUAUGCUUCAUCUCCAGCUUUGUCAGGUUGACCUCCUCAUAACUCCGCUGUAUUCUUUUCAGCAAAGAAUCCGCUCUCUCAAACACGACUGUUGGAAUUCCCGGUUUCUGAUCAAUC